AUGAAGAAGUGCGAAGACGAUGCUAAGGCAGUAAAUAUACUUCUAGGCUCCCUGGUGAACAACGAAUUUGCUAGAGUGAUCGGUUGCACAACAUCAAAGGAGAUUUGGGAUAAACUUAAAAAUGUCCAUGAGGGAGAUGAUAAAAUUAGAGAGACAAAGCUGCAACACCACAGGAACUUGUUUGAAGGGUUGAAGAUGUCUGAGGCAAAGACAGUUGAACAGUUCAUGAGCAGGGUAAACGAAAUCAUCAACUCCAUUAGAGGGUUAGGUGAAGAAUUGAAGGAUGCAGUAGUAGUGAAGAAAAUAUUGAGAUCUUUACCUAAAUUAUACAACCCGAAGGUGUCUGCAAUAGAAGAGUCAAAAAAUUUGAACACCUUGAGCAUAGAUGAGUUGCAUGGAACUUUAACGGCUUAUGAGAUGAGAAUGGUAAAGUCCAAACCAAUAGAGAAGGAAGCCGCAUUUAAAGCCAUGAAGAAACUAAAAAUCAAGGUAGAUAGUGAAGAUGAGGAUUCUAAUGAUGAGUUAAUAGCCUACUUGGCUAGAAAACUCAAGAGAGGCAGAGGCAAAUACAAGGGAAAACUUCCCUUGAAAUGUUUUAACUGUGGUGGAAUUGGGCACUUUGCUUCAAAGUGUCCCAAGAAAGGCAAGGUUAUAGAUUCUGAUGAUGAAGAUACUCAAGAGAGUAGGUUCAAGAAAGGGAAAAAGAAGUUCAUUCCUAGAAAAGGAAAUUUCAAGAAGAAAAGUCUCAUCUUAAAGAAGUGCAAGUCUUCUUCAAAUGAGUCAUCAGAAGAUGAUGAUGAGUCAGAUGAUGAGUCAUUUGAGACUUUAUUUAUGACACUUGAAGACAAGGUGCAACACAAGACUACUUAUGAGUCUGAAGAAGAGGAAGAACAUGAAGCUGAGUAUGAACUACAAGCAAAGUUGUAUUCUGCUUUAACUAAUCUCAAGGGUGCCAAAAAGAAGAUAAAAACCUUACAGAAUCAGCUUGUGGAGAAGGAGGAGCAGGUCAGCCAAUUAAACAUUACUGUUGAAGAGAUAACCAUGAUCACUAAUGAGCUGAGUAUCAAUCUAUCAUCCAAAGUAGAGGAGUGCACUGUCCUUGAAGAGAAAUUGAAGAUAUUGAAGAUUGAAUUAGAAGAGAUACAGACUAUGAACUUACAAGAAGAAAUUACAUCAUCUCCUCCAGUUAACAUUUUGAAAUCCAAAGGCAAGGAAGUUGUGUCUCAACCAACUGGAGUGGAUAUUUCAUCAUCUAGAAAGUCAAAUGAAAAUGUGUUAGAUGAGAUCCUUAGCCUUCAGAGACCUUUAAAUUUGAAGACUGGCUUAGGAUAUGUGAAAGAAGGAUCUUCUGGAGCAGUGAAGACCAAAGGCACAGGAAUUGCAGGAAACCCGGUGAGAUUUGUUAAGGAGAAACAGAGGGGAUCACAGGUUAAAAAGGUUGCUAAGAGGACAGUUGACAAAGAUGGGUUUACUUCAGUCAGUUAUCAGAAGACAGCUUUCAAGGCACAUAGCAGACCAUCACCAUGGAUUCUUGACAGUGAUUGCUCGACUCACAUGACAGGUGACAAGGGAAUAUUUCUGAGUCUUGAUUCAAUUGAUGGUGGUUCUGUCAGGUUUGAAAACAAUGAUGGGGCAAAGAUAGAAGGCAAAGGCACAGUGAAGCUGGACACAGGAAAUGUCAAGACAAAUAAUGUCCUAUAUGUUAGCAGUCUGAAGCACAACCUGCUCAGUGUGAGCCAAAUUUGUGAUAGUGGAAAUCAAGUCUUGUUCACCAAGGAGGGUUGUAUGAUCAAGAAGAUAAAAAAUGGAAAGACUGUGGCAUGA